AUGCCUUCUUCGGAUCCUCCCUCUAAAAAGCGGAAGACGUCAAAGAUUAGCUUGGAUUUGAACAUACCGGAAGUCCAUGCCGCCUACGUCGAAUGGGCAAUUGGCCGAGGAAUUGAGAUUCAUGGGGUCACGCCUGCUGUGCUUCCUGGCAGAGGUGUCGGCCUACUGGCAAAAGAAAACAUAAAGAAGGGUGAUAAGCUAUUCUUUGUGCCAGAAAAAGCCAUGAUUAAACCUGAAUCGGCAUCACUUCGCAAGCACAAGAUAACAAAAAUAUCUUCUCAGGCUCAACUGGCCGCACACCUCACUCUCGAAUGGAAGAGCCAGUCUUCUACAUACGUUGCUUCAAGACCUGCCUGGCCAACGCCUGACGAUUUCACUUCUUGUAUGCUUGCCUGGUCUCCAAAGGAUGAAUUGGACGAUGUAAUACGCAAAUGGGCUCCACCGAGUGUACAAAAACCGCUGGACCGCAUGCUGUCAGACUUGAAGAGAGACAUUGAAUCUGUAGAACACAUGCACGCCCCCGACGAUGAAGCAUUCAAGCGCGAAUUUCUCUACCAUUGGAUGCUCGUGAACACACGUAGUUUUCACUGGAAGCCUCAGGGCAUCAGCCAAGGUGCCAUGAUCAUGAAUCCUGCACUGGACUACAUGAACCACUGUCCAAAUGGCCAAGGUUGUGAAGUCACGAUGUCACCACAAGGCUAUGAAUUGAAAGCAAAUCGAAAUUAUGAACCUGGAGAAGAGAUAUUGGCUACAUACGGAGCUCAUUCGAAUGACAAGCUCCUGGUGCAUUAUGGUUUCAUCCUGCCCGAUACCAGCCUAGAUGACGAUGAGAUCCGGCUGGACCACGUAUUACUGCCCCGCUUGACAGAAAGCCAACAAAGCGCUCUUCAAGAUGUUGGAUUUCUGGGUGGGUACGCCUUGUUGCCUUCUGGUGAACUGUGCUUCAAGACGCAGGUUGCCGUGCGCUCCGUACUCCUUACGGCCAACGAGUGGGAGCAUUUCAUGGGUUCCGGAGAGGAUCUCGCAGACGACAAAGAAGACGAAGUGCUCGAUUGGCUGAGACCCUCUCUUGAAACUUACACUGAAGAAGCCAAAGAAGCUAUUGCGUCUCUGAAGUCCCUUUCAGUAGAGCGGACUGGCGAUCUUGCAAGCAAGCUCAAACUCCUGCAAGCCAGAUGGGAACAAAUUCUGACUGGGCUCGAGGAUUUUCUGAUCUGA